AAAUAGCCUCAUCAUAUCUUACCUGAAGAUGGAACCAAAUAUUUGGGUUGCCGCUGCUGACGACCGAGUCGAUCUUGUGGAGAAGUAUCUCAACUCUAAUGAAUUUACUGCUAACGCCAAGGACCCGAACGGUUAUACGCCUAUUCACGCUGCUGCUUCGUAUGGUCAUAUCGAUCUCUUAAAGUUGCUUAUUAGCAGAGGAGGCAACAUCAAUAUCCAAGAUAACGACGGCGACACGCCUUUGCAUCAUGUUGAGGACAUUGAAACCGCUAAAUUUAUUGUGGAACAGUUAAAAGGUGACUAUAACAUUCGGAAUGAAGAAAACCAGACAGCAGCAGACUACAUAGAAGAGGGGGCGGAGCAACCAGAAAUAACACAGUACUUACGUUCUUUGCUUCAUGACAAACCAGAAACAACUGGUACUGUUUUCGAUAGCUUGCCAAGCUCAGGUGUUGUCGACGGUCAUGCCAUCAGGUAUACCAUGGAAGAAGACGCUGGUGAUCUUGAUCCCGAGAGAAGACGGAAACUUGAAGAGAUCGCUAAUAGUGAGAACCCAGAAGAAGCUUUGAGAGAGCUUGUUACGUCUGCAGUGAGAGAUGGAUUAUCCCAAUUCAAGAGGGAAGAGGAGGGAGGUGACUCCAAAAGAAGUAGAGCCGACUAAGGAUAAUAGAAAUGCUUCACGGAACUCAUUGAAAAAUAAGCUGAUGCAGAAUAACCCAUGGAUCAAAGAGCCAAUUCUUGCAUUUAUUUGAAACGCAUGAAAUCGGACGCUCAAGUCGAAAGAAGCACUUGAUAUGUAGUAUUGUCGGAGAUCCAAACAAGGAUUUCCUGGAAAUAAGGAUACCCAACCCAGGCAAAUACUCACACCUGCGGAAAAUCCAUACCUUUACAAAGCGUGAAAGCAAACCUUAGAAAAAAUUACUUCUCCAAUGGUAGAUCAAAUUUGUAUUCAUGAGCACAAUACCGCCAUGUUGCGACACUACUUUUUGGAUAUCCCGCGAUUGUUUCCAGGCGGGCGACAUUGGACCUAAUAUGCACCACCAUCACCUGCACUAGUCGACGAUAUCCGUCCAACUCAACUACUCAUUCUUCAGAAGGC